UCACACUGCGGUUUGCAGCGAAUUCGCUCAUUUGAAAAAAAUAAAACAUGGCUGGAAGAGGUGGUUAUGAACACGCUAGAGGCGGAUUCGGUGGGGAUCGGGCAUCCAAGCAGUUGCCCACGGAACCGCCCUUCAUCGCAUUUGUCGGCAAUCUGCCGCAAGGCCUUGUGCAGGGUGAUGUGAUCAAAAUAUUCCAGGACUUUGAGGUGAAGUACGUGCGGCUGGUGAAGGACCGGGAAACGGAUCAGUUCAAAGGCUUCUGCUACGUGGAGUUCGAGACGCUGGACAAUCUGGAGCGGGCGCUAGAGUGCGAUGGUCGGAUCAAACUGGACGAUCUGUCGGCGCCGCUGAGGAUUGAUAUUGCUGAUCGGCGGAAAAAUGAUCGCCCUGGUGGCGGUGUUGGCGGCGGCAACGGCGGCAUGACCCGCGGCGAUGGCGGCAGAGACGGUUUCCAGAAGCGCGGCCCACCUCGCCAGGGCGGCAGCAGUCAGUCCUACAGCCGGGGAGGUCCUGGCACUGGCGGCGGCGGUCGGGAGGGCGGCGGCGGUUCGGGUAAUCGCGGCGAUAGUAGAGGUUCGUACAAUGAUAGUUAUGGUGGUCACAAUGAUAGAAGUCGCGGCGGCGGCGGCAGCGGCGCGGGCUCCGGCGGUGGCAUGAAUAGAGGAUACAAUGAUCGGCCGGCAAAUCGGGGUCGGUACGGCAAUUUCAACAACGACGAUCGACCAUUCGAUCGUAACCAGGAUCGGGAUCGCGGCCAGCGGGAAGGCAGCUAUGGCAACCAGUCGCGCGACGGCGAUCGCUACAACAACUUCAGCCGGCACCGCGACCGCGAGCGCACCCACUACAAUCCCAACCAGCAGAGCGAACGUCCCAGUGGCGGCAUGAGCGGCCUCGGCGGCGGAUCCGGCGGAUCAGGAGGCCUGGGAGUUGGUGGUGGUUCCUCAAUGGGCGCCAUUGACGACAACGAGCGGCCACGUCUGCAGCUGAAGCCACGGACCAUUGCCGCGCCCAUAAACGCGGUGGCAGAGACCAAGCAAUCGGCCUCGAUCUUUGGCAACGCCAAGCCGCGCGAGGAGAAGCUGAAGGAGCUGCAGCAGAAUGUCAAUCACAACGGCGAUAACUAGAGGGCAGGAGUCGGUCCGCAAUACAAUAUGCCUGAUAUGAUAUUUUGGUGUGCGAGAACGAGGGAAUCGGAGAUAGAGCGAGAGAAGCAGAGGAUAUGGAGGAGUAUGAGGCGGAGGAGGAGGUGGAGGAGGAGAAGAAGGAGAAAGAUGAUGACAAGAAGGAGCAUCAGCAGCAUGCAUAUAUAAACACAUACAUUAAUUAAUUACACUACGCUACAUACCUACUAUAUACGAAAGAUAUGUACUACAUUACAAGAACGAAGAUGAAACAACAGGCUGGCCUCUGUGUCUCUGUGUCAGUGUCCAGUGUCAGUCAGCAAGCAACUUAACAGCAGCAAGAGCAACAGCAGCAACAUGCACCAUGCAACAUCAGCAACAAAGCUAAGCAGCAAUAAUGCAACCAUUCUAACUCUUUGCAACAAGAAAACAUCCGCAACAGCAAUGGAAAGUCUAUAAAUGUUAGUCCUUAAGCAGCGAUAAACUUUAGUCCCGUGCAUAUGGCCUAUAUAUAUAGUAUAUAUACGGUUAUGUGCGACUCAUGUACAGCAGCUGUAUGCACGCUGCUAUUUGUUAGUUAAGUGAUGCAUAUAAACCAACAAAACAAAACAAAACAAAAGUUCUACCAUUAAGGUAUAAAUAGUAAACAAAAAACAAGUAAAACAAAACAAAAAAAUGAAAACAAUACAAAACAAAAAAAGAAAAAACUCGAAAAACAAAGCAAAAAUCGAAAACAAAAACUUUUUGACAAAACGUUCAGCGUAGCAGGCAGGCAAUUUAUACAGUUUAUAUAGCAAAAAAAAAAGAAAACAAAAAAAACGAAAAACGCAAGAAAAACAUAACGAAAACAAUUAUUGAACAUAUAUACCUUAUGAAAUUUAAAACACCAACAACAGAUCUUACAAAGCAAAUCGCAGAGAAGCAGAACAUCAACUACGUACGUAAAAUACAAAAACCGGAAAAGUAAUCGUUAAAGAUUCACUAGAAGAAAUACGCAGAAACUUUAUAUAGCUACCGAAAAGCAAUCAACUACAUAGGCCUUAUGUAGCUGAAGACAAAGUUUAAGUCUAAGCAGACCAAACUAUGCAAAUAUUAUUUUGAUAUCAAUUCUUUUGUCAAUUUCUUUUAAAACUACCUUCGGUUCAAAUAUUUCUUUGCCUAUAUUUUGUACACUUACUUUUCUAUUAUCGAAUUGUCGUGCACAUAGGAUCUGAUUUCUUUGUAGAAAAAUUAUGGAGAACAAUGUAUACAUUUUAUUGUUGUUUGUGUGUUUAAAUUAUUAUUUGAAAAAGUAAAAAGCGUUUUUCGUUUCCUAACGACCUCUUCUCUGUUUCCUCACCAGUUUUUUUCAACAAUUUUUUUUUUAUAACCUUGCAAGAGCUGAUUAAUCGCGAAAGUUGUAAAUUAAUUUGAAAAUAAAGCGAAAAAAAAUUAAAUAAGAAACCGUACCCGUAUCGGUUUGGUGUUUUCCUUCGGACAUUUCGGAAUUCGAUUUUUUCGGAGUGCGGCUCAAAAGUUUAAGGCUCAGCACUUUGUAUAUACAAAAUAAUCAAAUCUUAUCCCGUUGCCGAAAGUUACCAUUGUUGCGUAGUCCAGUCCGAAUCGGCCAUGUCCUGCUCCGGAUGCCGAAACCCAGCCCUGCCCACAUCAAUCCAAUCCAAUUCAAUCCAAUCCAACCCAGUUCAGUCCAAGUCAAUAUCCCAACACCAAAGCCGACUUGACCGACUUGACCAGCUAAACCAGCAGGCGCAGCAAAGAAGCAAAUAGGAAUACAGAUCAGACAGAGGGUGUGUAGCAGUUAAAGUAAAGUAAAGAUUACGUUUAAUAUACCUUUAAAGCUAAAGAUAAACUUAAAAUAUAAUUUUUAGCACCAAUACCGUAAGCAGUCAAAGAUUUACACUAACGAAAGCGGACAAACAAUAUUUGUAACUCCUGAAAAACACAAAAAAAGAAAAAACAAACGAAAAAACAAACAAAAGCGAAAGAAAAAGAAAAAGAAAGAGAAAAACGAGAAAAAUAAUAGUUGAGAGUAAAUGGAUAAAUAACUUGAUCGAGUUGACAACUUAAUUAAUUGCUGCUCUAUACCUAAUUAAGAACUUUGAUAUGCAUUUUAAAACGCCCAUAAAGACAAAGACAAAGAAUUGUUUAAAUUACGAUUAAACCAAAAGCAAAGCAACACUAAAACGAGAAUUUAUACAAAGCAAGAGUUAGACAUUAACGUACAUCAUAAAACAUUUAUAUAUACACAGAUAUGAAUAAAUAUACGAUUGUGCUAUGAUUAAUGACGAA